CUGGAGGACGUGACAAGCUGUUGGCGGUCGUUGUUGGCAAUGCCGGCCGUGAGCCGGAGCGUCGAAAUCUGGCGGCUUGGGUGCUUCGUGAUUUGCUUUCAAUUAUAAAUAGAUAACAAAAAAUCCGCACUCUUCCUCCUCUAUCCUUGGGGAAAAUUAACAUAAAAAGUGAAGGAUGCCAAGUUUCGGCAGGACUCCUGAACUGCAGCGAGAUCAGCACCGAGAGCCGUUGCCCAGAGACGCCGAGAGUUGCAGGGUUAGGCUGACGCUGUAGGACAUCGCCACCACUAUGCCUGCUGUUUGGCCGAGUCUUCUGGAUCUCAGCAGGGAUGAGUGCAAGAGAAUACUCCGAAAACUUGAACUUGAAGCUUAUGCUGGUGCUAUUAGUGCUCUUCGAGCACAAGGUGACCUUACUAAGGAAAAGAAGGACCUCCUUGGAGAAUUAGCCAAGGUUCUUAGCAUUUCAACAGAGCGCCACCGUGCAGAGGUUCGUAGAGCAGUUAAUGAUGAAAGAUUGAUGACCAUUGCACAUCAUAUGUCUGGGCCUAACAGCUCAGCUGAAUGGUCCAUUGAAGGUCGUCGGCUUGUCCCCCUCAUGCCAAGGCUAGUUCCUCAGACAGCAUUCACAGUAACAGCGAAUGCAGUAGCUAAUGUGGCAGCUCUGCAUAAUGCCACUCUUCCUUCACCAGCUGAAACCGGUAACAAAGAAGUGAUUGUCUGUUACUCCUACACAAGCACCACUGCUACUCCAGCAUCAACCACAGUACCUGGUGGAAGUGUAGCAACGGUCAAAUCUCCCAGACCUGCAAGUCCAGCUUCCAAUGUUGUUGUGCUGCCAAGUGGUAGCACGGUUUAUGUCAAAAGCGUUAGCUGUGCUGAUGAAGAUGACAAACCUCGCAAGCGCAGGCGUACAAAUUCAUCCAGUUCUUCCCCCGUGGUGCUUAAAGAGGUUCCCAAGGCAGUUACACCAGUUGCCAAGUCAAUUGCAGUUCCUGUUGGCAGCAGUCCAAAAGUAAGCAACAUCAUGCAGAGCAUCGCAAAUUCCAUUCCCUCGCAUAUGUCACCAGUGAAAAUUACUUUUACCAAGCCUACCACCCAAACAACAAAUACAACUACACAGAAGGUGAUAAUAGUAACCACGUCACCAAGCUCAACAUUUGUACCCAAUAUUUUGUCCAAGUCUCACAAUUAUGCAGCUGUCACCAAGCUUGUGCCAACAUCUGUCAUCACCACUGCAACUCAGAGACAACCAGUGGUCAUUACUGCCACUCAGCCUCCUUUUACUGCUGGUAGUACCCCCUCACCUUCAUCCACGUCCGUCACUGCUGCUGCCACAUCAAUGAUUUCGUCAACAUCUUCUGUUGUGAUGUCAACAAUAGCUCAAGGUGCAUCUGGUACUGCAGUUAAAGUUACCGCAGCCAGGCUUCAGUCCCCCAAAGCACUUAUGGGCUCCCCAACUCAGAUCUUGACGCAGUUUCCCAAACAGCAACAGCAGCAGCAAAUGUCACAAUCUCCACAGCAGCAGUCCCAACAGUCUCAAACAUCACCUGGUGUCAAACCUACCAUUCAGAUCAAACAGGAGUCAGGGGUCAAGAUUAUAACCCAACAGAUGCAGCCAAGCAAAAUCCUGCCAAAACCAGCAACAAUGCCUAGUACUAGCACUUCGCCUAUAAUGGUGGUUAGCAGCAAUGGUGCCAUUAUGACAACAAAGUUGGUUACUACACCGACAGGUACCCAAACUACCUACACACGCCCUACGUUGAAUCCCACCAUCAGUGCUCGUAUGGCAGCAUCUACAGGAUCUACUACCUACAUGAAAACUACGAGUGGGAGCAUCAUCACUGUAGUACCAAAGUCACUAGCUACGUCCCUUGGAGGAAAAAUUAUCAGCAGCAGUAUCAUGUCUGGAACAACAACAAAAAUAACUACAAUCCCAAUGACUUCUAUGACGUCAAAACCAAAUGUUAUUGUUGUACAGAAGACUGCAGGGAAGGGAACAACCAUCCAGGGUAUUCCAGGAAAAAAUGUGGUCACAACAUUGUUGAACGCUGGGGGUGAAAAGACCAUUCAGGCAGUACCUGCAGGGACAAAACCAGCAAUUAUCACUGCAACAAGGCCUAUCACUAAAAUGAUUGUGGCUCAACCAAAAGGGGUGGGUUCGUCAGUACAACCCACCACAAAAAUCAUCCCCACCAAAAUUCUCUAUGGACAGCAAGGGAAAACGCAGGUUCUGAUUAAACCAAAGCCUGUGGCUUUCCAAGCCACAAUGGUGAGCGAACAGACCCGUCAGCUGGUGAGUGAAACUCUGCAGCAGGUAUCAAGGGUCACGGAGGGAAGCACCUUAUCUGGACAAGAAGGCAGUCUGAAGGAAGAUGCACAAUCCUUUGCUGAGGGCAGCAGUGGGAGUGGUUCCUCUGGUGACUCCGUACAAAUCUCUCAUGGCAAAAGCAGAUCGUACAUCGAGAUACAGAAAACCCGAAAUAAUUAUUUGAACUCUCAGCAAGUGGUCCAUGUUAUUUCAUCAAGGAGCCAGGAUUGGGCCGAACACGAAGUUUCCAUGGACACCAGCCCCACGAUUAUCUACCAGGAUGUUUCUGGAGAACCCCAAUCAGCGACCUCCACCAUUAAAGCACUGCUGGAACUCCAGCAGACAGGUAAAGAAAAGUUGGAGUCUAAAUCUCGGCAACCCACUAUUGACCUCAGUCAGAUGGCAGUCCCGAUCCAGAUGACACAGGAAAAGAGAUUAUCACCAGAAAGCCCAGCCAUCACUGCUCUUGACUCAGAGUUAGCUUCUGAGUACUUCAACUCUGGGAAAAGUAUCAAACCAGCAGUUUCUGGUUCAAGCAUCUGUUCUGCUGAAGUAGCACUGACAUCGUUAUUACCAAGCAGUCAACAGCAGCAGACAGCACAGUCUCCUGCAGCGAUGAAAUCAGUUCCAGUUUCCUCAGCAAUCGCAGUCACACACAUUUUUCAGCAGAUCCCGAUAAAAUUACAAGCAGCCACUGGUCAGGGUGCUGUUGCCAAGCAAGAUGACUCUGAAGCUGAAGAAAGUGAAGUAGAGGAGGGUGACACGUUGGAUCCACAAACAGGCCUCUUCUACAGAUCCAGCAGUUCGCUACCAUCAUCCUCCUCCCAGCCUCAAGCGAAACAACAACAACAGCAGGAAGUGACACAGACUAAGUCUCCAGCAACAACCCAGACACAACCAACCAUGCUGCAAGUGAUCGCAGUAAAAGCGCAACAGCCACAACUUCCAAAACUAACACAUCAAGCACAACAGAAGCCACAGUUGCCACCCCCCACACAUCUGCAGCAUCACCCAGAUAAGACCCAGCUCAUCAUAAAACAGCAGGCUGUCUCAUCAGAACAACCUCUUCCAGGCCAGUCUAUACCUCAGUAUUCCAUACCUAGUCAAUCCAGCUCAAAUGUAGUGGUCGAACCCAGUGGUCUGCUGGACAUCACAAACUUUACCAGCCAGCGAAUCGCCGAUGAGGAGUCUGUACAGUAUUCAGCCAUGGAACAUGAUGUGGACAGUAGUAACGAAGAGGGUACAGAGCCCAAUUUGACAGAGAGCACCACAGGACAGUCACAUUGAAACAAUAAAGGGCAAAAGCAAAGCUUGUACCAAGACAUUCUUCAGAAUCUGGAGAGAUUUCUCUACGAGGAGUCUGGACAUGUGUGUUUUUUAAAAAUAUGUACAUAAACUGUUUUUUAAAAAAAAUGUAAAGUGUUCUGUAUACAUUUAGACUUUUAAAAGUGAAUCUUGUGGAGGAAGUCCUUUUUUUUUGUAAAACACAAACCCUUUUCCUUAUGAUUUAGAGAAGGCUCCAACGUUUUGACCUUUCACCAGUGUGUGAAAAUUGGCCAUAUCAUGAAGAAUGUUCUGCUCAGCAUUCCCAAAGGAACACGAGGAAUCUGGGCACGUUGUUGUGAGCCUGCCAACUGCUUUCAGCGAUCACGCAGUACUGUGAUAGCAGCAGGUCUGGAUUUGAGAUGAGAUGCUUCUUGGUGGGGUGAGGGGCAAGUUUGGAAAUGUGUACCAUUAAUAAAAAAAACUCUGCAGUUUA